AGUAACUGGCGUGCGGCCGGCGCGACUUCAUCCAUCGAUUGGAAACUAAACCCGUUUCUUUUUUUUUUGAGUGUUUGUGGCAAUGAAAGUGUUGUUGUUGAUCCUCUGGCUAGCUUUCGGGCUGGCUCGGGCCCAGGAGCAGUUGGGCUGCAUCUGGUAUGGACAGAGUCACAUGAUCGGCUCCCAUUGGCAGAAUCUGGCAGACACCGAUCCGGCCAGGCCGCUGAACAAUGCCGCCGCCGAGGCGAUUUUUGCUCGGAGAUGUCCUCUCCUGUACAAGGAGUACAAGGGGGAGAGCGGCCAGGACGAACUGGUACUGUGCUGUGAUGCCGCCCAGAUCGACACCAUGGACAGUGGCCUCUCCCAGGCCGAUGGAGUGUUCUCACGAUGCCCCACCUGUACGCGGAACAUGGCUCAGACCGUGUGCGCCAUGACCUGUGCCAAGAACCACACCCUCUUCCUCACAGCGUACACGGCCGCGAAUCCGGAGGGGAAGGACUACGUCGAGUCGAUCGACUAUCGGAUAUCGGACACCACCGUUUCGGGCAUCUACAACAGCUGUGUGGGCAUCCAGCACACCCAGACCGGGCGCCCGGCCAUGGACUUGGGCUGUGGGGCCUACAACGCCAAGACCUGCAACUACCGGAGGUGGUACGCCUUCAUGGGCGAUGUUGAUGGCGACUAUGUGCCCUUCCAGAUCAACUACCAGUGGUCGGACGACGCCGGCGAGGGCUUCACGGCCGACUACCUGGAGCUGUUCCCCCUCAAGUGCGGCGAGAGCUACGAGGAUAGCUACGCGUGUGCCUGCAUCGAUUGCGAUGAGUCCUGUCCCCUGACCGAGGCACCCACCGGCCCGGAGGAGCUCUGGAAGAUCGCCGGCCUCUAUGGUGUUACCUUCAUUGUUGGUCUGUUGAUUGCCGCGGUCUGCUCAUUCCUGAUCUUUUGGGGCGCCCGGAGCGGCAGCACAUCCCCCAGUUGUUGCAUGCCGACCCUCUUCGGAGAUUUCUUCUACGUGGGCUUCCGGCACUGGGGCACCUUCUGCGCCCGGCAUCCGGUUCUGGUGCUGGCCCUGUGCUCCUGGGCCAUCGGUGGACUGUCGUACGGCAUCCGGUACAUGACCAUCACCACGGAUCCCGUCGAGCUGUGGGCCAGCGAAAAGAGCCAGACCAGGAUCGAGAAGGACUACUUCGAUCAGCACUUUGGACCCUUCUACCGCACCAAUCAGCUCUUCAUCAAGGCCAUCAACCAGACCUACUUCACCCACGAGGCUCCCAGUGGCCUGCUCGAGUUCGGACCUGCCUUCGAGUACAACUUCCUGAAGGAAGUCUUCGAGCUGCAGGAGUCCAUCAUGCAGCUGGGCGUUGCGGACGGCGAGGGUCUGGACAAGAUCUGCUACGCCCCCGUUCUGAUGGCCGGCCAGACCCCCGACAUCGAUCACUGUGUCGUCCAGUCGGUCUUCGGCUACUUCCAGCACGACAUGUCCAAGUUCGAGAACUCCUAUGUGGACAGCAACGGCUACACCAUCAACUACCUCAACCAGCUGGAGGAUUGCCUCAGAGUGCCCAUGAUGGAGGACUGCUUCGGCACCUAUGGCGGUCCUAUCGAACCCGGCAUUUCUGUGGGUGGCAUGCCCAAGGUGCCCGUGGGCGAGGAUCCCGACUACAUGCUGGCCACCGGUUUGGUGAUCACCUUCCUGGGCAAGAACCAGAACGACGCCUCCAAGCUGGAGCCCAACGAGAAGUGGGAGAAACUGUUCGUGGACUUCAUGCGAGACUACCAGAGCGACCGGCUGGACAUCGCCUAUUCGGCGGAGCGAUCCAUCCAGGACGCCAUCGUGGAGCUGUCGGAGGGCGAGGUGGGCACCGUGGUCAUUAGCUACCUGGUGAUGUUCGCCUACGUGGCGGUGGCCCUCGGCCAUAUUCGCAGCUGCCUGGGCUUCCUGCGCGAGUCGAGGAUCAUGCUCGCCAUCGGUGGCAUUGUCAUCGUGAUGGCCUCGGUCACCUGCAGUCUGGGCUUCUGGGGCUACCUGGACGUCACCACCACCAUGCUGGCCAUCGAGGUGAUACCCUUUCUGGUCCUGGCCGUCGGCGUUGACAACAUCUUCAUCAUGGUCCACACCUACCACCGGCUGGAUCACACCCAGUUCCCGACCACCCACGAGGCAAUUGGCGAGGCCAUCGGCCAGAUUGGUCCCUCGAUCCUCCAGACGGCGGGCAGUGAGAUGGCCUGCUUCGCCAUCGGCUGCAUCGCCGACAUGCCGGCCGUGAAGACCUUUGCGAUGUACGCCGCCAUUGCCAUCCUCCUGAACUUCCUGCUCCAGAUCACCGCCUUUGUGGCCCUGAUGGCCAUCGACGAGCGUCGCUACCAGGACGGUCGCCUGGACAUGCUCUGCUGCCUGCGCAGUGGCAGCUCCAAGAAGCUAUCGGGCGAGGAGACGGCCGCCGCUGAGAGGAGCAAGGAGGCCGGAAUGCUGGAGAGCUUGUUCAAGAACUUUUACUCGCCUUUCCUGUUCGCCAAACCCGUCAAGGUGGCUGUCCUGCUGAUCUUCACCGUGGUCACCUGCCUAUCCAUAAUGGUGGCACCCUCCAUCGAAAAGGGACUCGACCAGGAGAUGUCCAUGCCAAAGAACUCGCAUGUCGUCAAGUACUUUCGCUACAUGGUCGACCUCCUGGCCAUGGGUGCUCCGGUCUAUUGGGUCCUCAAGCCGGGUCUCAACUACUCCCAGCCGCUGCAACAGAACCUCAUCUGCGGCGGUGUCGAGUGCAACAACAACUCGCUCUCCGUCCAGCUCUACACCCAGUCACGGUAUCCGGAAAUCACCAGCAUGGCCAGGCCGGCUGCCUCCUGGCUGGAUGACUACAUCGACUGGCUGGCCAUCACCGACUGUUGCAAGUACAAUGUCACCACCAUGGGUUUCUGCUCCAGUAACUCCAAGAGCGACGACUGCUUGCCGUGCGAGCGCGGCUUCACGGAGAAUGGCCUGCGACCGGAUGCCGAGACCUUCAGCAAGUACAUACCCUUCUUCCUCUUCGAUCUUCCAGAUGCCGAGUGCGCCAAGGCGGGCCGGGCCUCCUACGCAGACGCCGUCAUUUACACCAUCGACGACGAGGGCAUGUCCACCGUGGGUGACUCCUAUUUCAUGCAGUAUUCCACCACCUCGACCACCUCUGUGCAGUUCUACACGCAGCUGAGUGAAGUCCGGAGGAUCGCCGGCGAGAUCAACACGAUGUUCGAGGAGAACGGCGUCGAUGCCGAGAUCUUCGCCUACUGCGUCUUCUACAUCUACUACGAGCAGUAUCUGACCAUCUGGGAGGACACAAUGUUCUCCCUGGGCAUGUCCCUGCUGGCCAUCUUCCUGGUGACCCUGCUGGUCACCGGCCUGGACAUCACCUCCACCCUGAUAGUCCUCUUCAUGGUCAUCUGCAUUCUGCUCAACAUGGGCGGCAUGAUGUGGGCCUGGAGCAUCAAUCUGAAUGCCAUAUCGCUGGUCAACCUGGUCGUCUGCACGGGCAUCGGUGUGGAGUUUGUGGCCCAUAUUGUGAGGUCCUUCAAGAGGGCCGAGGGCACGGCCCAGGAGCGCGCCCGCUUCUCCCUCAAUGUCACCGGCAGCAGUGUCCUGUCGGGCAUAACGCUCACUAAGUUUGCCGGCAUUGUCGUUCUGGGCUUCUCCAAUUCGCAGAUAUUCCAGGUCUUCUACUUCCGGAUGUAUCUGGGCAUUGUCUUGAUUGGAGCGGCCCAUGGGUUGAUCCUGUUGCCGGUCUUGUUGAGUCUCAUGGGGCCACUGGACAGCAUGGCGGGGAGUCCUAGAACUUCCCUAGUACCCAGGGCGUCCAGCACCUCUACGACCUCCGAGGCCUCAAGAACUUCCUCUCCCAAGUCCCCAACUCCCACUGUCUGAUGAACGGCAGUACCAUAUAUAUCCCAGUACUGCGAGAGUACCGGAUAUCUUAUAUCUGAUCUGCUAUAUAGUUUGUAAACUGCGGUGUGAGUGGAACCGAGUGCCUGGCUGUGUGUCUGCGAGGGAGAGCUUAUUUAAUUGAAACCCUCUAGUAUUUAUGAACAAAAAAUGAAUGUGAAACAAGCUUUGAAAUAAACUUUUCAAGAAAGAUAA